AUGUCACUUCCGCUCAAGGCCCGCGUCGCCGUGCGCGACGGCUUCGACGCCCCCGGCUGCGCAGCCCGCAAGGCCAUCACGGCGCUCGGCGAGAGCCUCGGCCGCGCCGUGCAGUGCGAGCCCGAGUGGCCGCUCCUCGUCGACGCCCUGCAGCAGGCGUACGGCUCCGCGCCCGUCGUCGAGGCGGUCGCCGGACUCGUCGAGGCGUGGUGCCGCGCCGUGCUAGAGCUGCUCGAGGACGGCGACGAAGGCGAGGCAUGGGGCGAGGCGCUGCUUGAGGAGAUGGACGGGCGCGCAUCCCUCCGGUUGCUGGUUGAUAUCUCCGAGAGUGAGCUGCCGUCGACGUCAUGGAACGGCGUCACCAAGGCCUUCGUCUUGCACAUCCCCAAAGCCCGUCCGGCGCACGACCCGCUCGCGCUGGUUCCUCACCUGCGCGCCAAAGCCGAGGGCGCUUUCAAGGCACAGGGCACCACGGUGGAGGCGGACGAAUGGACCAGCGUAGCCGUGUCCGACGGCAAGGCCGCCACGACGGCGACGACUGUUCCCGCGGGGGGCCCGGCGGCAGCACUCGUCGUGGCGAGCAGCAUCAAGAGCAGCUACAUGCCCAGCGUGGGCUCCCUGGCGCCCCCGGACAAGCUCCUCCUUCGGCCGCCGUACCACAUGAUCGUGUACGGGGGCCACGAGGUGCGCGUGCAGUGUAGCCACGGACAGUCGCUCGAGUUCCUGGCGGCGUAUCUUAAGAAGUGGUGUCGCGCAAACACGCGUCGCGCCGACAAGCUGCCGCUCGUUGCGGCGACCCUCGGCCCCAGCGCGUUUGGUAUCUCGCCAAUGCAUGAUACGCUGACGGUAGCGUGGGCGGACAGGCAUGCGGGCGAUGGCUCGUCCAUCUGCCUGCCUCUGUUGUUCCAUCUCAUCGAGGGGACACUGGGUUAUGAACGUGUGUACGUCGAUGCUUCGUGUUGGCAGUACCGGCGUGACGAGGCGUUCAGGGAGUAG